AUGUCGAGCUCUAAAACCAAGAAGCGUGUUCGUCCCAGAACUCAAAGGUAUACCAGUAAUGUGUUUUCAAUGUUCACAGAAGCUCAAAUUAAUGAGUUUAAGGAAGCUUUUUCUUUGAUUGAUGGAUCGAAAGACGGCAUCAUUGAUCAGGGUGAUCUUGAGGAAGUCUUCCGUUCUAUGGGCAAACAGCCGACGGAGGAGUAUCUUGAUGAAAUGCUCAAACAAGCCCCUGGCUGCAUUAACUUUACCAUGUUCCUUACUCUUUUCGGUGAGAAAAUGAUGGGUUGUGAUCCCGAAGACACUAUUCUUAAUGCCUUCGCUCAAUUCGAUCCAAAUAAUACAGGAGCAAUUAGUGAGGAGCGCCUGCGUGAAUUAAUGACCUCCAUGGGUGACCGCUGGACAGACGAGAAGGUGGAUGAACUCUUCCAUGGAGCACCCAUCAAAAAUGGCGAUUUUGACUACCGUGAGUUUACGAAAAUGAUCAUGCAUGGCCAACAGGAUGACGAAGAUCAGAACCAGCAGGUGGUUCGAUAA